AAAGAGUCGUUUCAAAAUGGCCGGUAAAUUUUGAAAGUGUCCAGUACACCUUCCAAACACAGGCCACACCCUGAAGGUCUGAGGCAUGGCCAUGGGAGGUAUUUGGUCAACUGAGCCUGAGGAACUUCCAGAGGAGCCCAAAGGCAAAGGGUCAGGGGAUGAUGACUGUCAUGACUUGGAAGAAGGUUUAAAUUUUGUGGUUUGCCAAGAUGGUGACUCACAAGAUUCUGGAGAUGCACUCAGCGUUGGAGAUCAAUUGUACAUCAAAGUGCACAGCCUUCAUGCGGAUGUUGCAGACAAGAUAACUGGAAUGCUCAUGGAAUGUGAAAAUGACCAGAUAGUGUCCAUGUUGAACGAUGAUUCAUACUUGGAAGAGAUGGUGUCACGUGCUGUUGAUGUUUUAGCAGAGGAGGACAGCACAACAGAUGUAUCUUACUCAGAUUCUGAUUCCGACGACGAUACGACAAAGGAACAGUUAGGUGAGGCCCUCUAUGAGCGAGUGGCAGAACUAGAACCAGAAUUAUGCGGGCAUAUCACUGGUAUGUUGUUGGAGUUGGACAAUGCUCUGAUUAGGGAGUUUCUGGAAUCCAGAGAUUCUUUGGAGGAAGCGGUGGCCAAGGCACGUACUGAGUAUCUCCUGCACGCUACUGGGUCACCGGCUGGCUCUAGCUCCAGUGAGGAUGAUGAACUUUCAUGCAUACUCUUUAAUGCUGUCUCGGAAAGAUGUCCUGAAAUUGCUGACCGGAUCACAGGUAUGCUCCUGGAACUGGAUCAAAAAGUGAUAGAAAAACUACUUGACAACCCCAAACAUCUCGAUGCUCAAGUAGAACGUGCCAAGGUGGCUCUGUAUGAGGACAGUGUGGUCUAACAUACUCUGCCAGGGUGGCUCUGUAGACUGUAUGAGGACAGUGUGGUCUAACUUACUGUGCCAGGGCGGCUCUGUACAAGGACAGUGUGCUUACCAUACUUUGAUAAUAGUGCGCUUUCGCUAUCUCUGUGCAAGAACCACUCCACCGAGAACAUUGUUAUUUUUUUCUCUUUUUUUGUAAAAAAUUAUUUAUAUGUACUAAUACUCAAGGAUUAAGUUUUGUCCAAUGAAAUCACUUGUAAUAAGUAUAAAACCAUGUCUUUUUUGAUUGCUUAUGUAAUGUGUACAAUGUAUUGUGGGAGUUUCUAUUCUCGUCCUAACUUUCCAAGAGAUACAGUCAGCAAGUGUUUGAGCUGCAGCUGGAAACAAACUUUUCGUGUGCAACUAUUCAUUUGUUAUGAGCAUUUAGGUCAGGUGGUACAAUUAAAAUAAGUACAGUUAUGACCUCUGUUUGCGCAGCUGGUUUCUACACUGUAGGGGUUAUAAUUGUACCAGUGCUAUAAAUUAUAAUUGAACCACCAAACUUGACACGUUUCUUCAUUGUACUCUUAGGAUUGUUCUGUCAUCAGUGUGUCUAACGUGAGGCUGUAUUUGGCUGUAACCAUGGUAACAAUCUUGGUACUGAACAACAUAAUUGACACAAGUAAA